CCUGCUCCGCUAGUGCCUGCGCCACCUUAAAUGAGCACCGCGGCUGGAGUCGGGCUGCGGGCGGCCGCGGCCGCGGGAGUCGGCAAAAGUUUGUGGCUCAGUUACACCUUCGCGGGACCUGCUGUGGACGCCCCCGCGCGGCCUCCUCCGGGACGAGGAGACCCGGUCCUCAUCGCACGCUCCGCCCGCACUCGAAGCCUCGUGCCGGAGCCGCCUGGGUCCCAGGAGUCCCCGACCCGCAGCUGGAGGACAGGCAGCCCCACCGCCCUCACAGCCUCCGCGUCGCGGCCUCCAGGCGGCCCGGGCUGAGCUGCUCGAGAUGUCGCCGGCGCCGCGAGCGCUCCAGGGACGUCAUCCAGGGAUGCCCCCCGCCCUGCGCCCCCCACGCAGCCCCCUCUCCUGUCCCACCCGCAGCCCGGCGGGCCGUGCCGGUACUCCUGCCACUCAGGACACCCGGGCUAUUGUUCUGGAGCCACGGCCGCGCCGGCUCUGAGGGAGAAGCGGCCUUCGCCGCGCGUCCUGCGGCGCGGCGGGCCCGGACGGCCGGCUCCGCGCGAAGGGGGAGCUCAAAGGCAUCGGGAAAAGUUGCUCGGAGGGGCGGAGGCGGUGGGUGGUGGGCGGAGGCGGUGGGUGGGGGAGGCGAUAGCCCUCCUAUCUCCAAAGUCGAAAGUACUCCGCGCAGUUAGCAGCACCCGGAGCCGAGGCAUCCGCGGUCGCCGACUGCGCGUCGGUCUGCGCCUCCGCCGGGAAACGAGGCAACCAGCGCCUGCCUUGUCGCCGCCGCCUCCGCGCCGGGACGAGUGCGCCUCGGGGCUGGGCGAGGCGGCCGCGCCCAGGACCCGCCACGGGGAGGAGGACCGGACCCGAGCCCCGGCGCCCGCCGGCACCCGGGCGCACCCACCCGCCGGCCUCGGCCACCGCCUCGCGCGGCACUCGCUGCUCUGCCAUCGGUUCUCUGCCGCCCGACGCGCGCGGUCCUCGCCACGGCGCUCUGCUACAGCCGACUCUCCCCUUCCUCCUCCGCCCUCCUCCCUGCCUCCCACCCGCCCCUCGCCAGUCCCUCUGCCUCCUCCUCAGCCCCGCCGCUGUUUGGGUCGCCGGGCUCACAGCGAUUGAUUGAUUGAUGUUUAAUUUCCUGCCAGGCGGGGCCCCCCUCCCCCCGCAACCUCCCCAGCCCUCCUCCCCGCCCCCCACUCUCCUCCUUCAUUGCGGUGGACCAGUCGGGCUUGGGUUUAGAUCUUUCCCCCCCAACCCCCAUCCCGAAAUAACCCAGAGACUUCCCCUACCCCCACCCCAAAUUAUUAUUUUGAAGGCGCUAGAUCUGGGGACGGAAAGGGGGAGGGGGAGAAAUCGGAAACCGAGGACAACCCAAAAGGACUCACUUUGCCUGAUGACUCAACGCAACUAAUAAUCAUCUCCCUCUCAGUGUAUCUCUCUCUGCGGCUUGUCAGUGAGUCCGGCUCCGGCUGCUGGCGGCGGCGGCCGAGAGGGGAGAGGCUGGAGGUGACAGCUUGGGCAGCCGCCGCGUUUCCUCCCGCGCGCGGUCUCGGGUCCCUGCGCCUUCUCGGCUCUCGGUGACACCGGCCCUAAGGCUCCGGCCGCGCCUCCUCGCGAACUAGCAGACCCGCGAAGCGGCAGCACCGGCCCGCCUCCGCCUCCUCCCAGUCCUCAGCCCUUUCUCUCCAGAACGGGUCUCCUUCCCGAAGGUGUGAAAAGGCUUUUUCAGUCUCCUGCUCUCUUUUCCCCUCCUCCGCCGUCUCCUCCCCCGCUCGCUCGGGUGCCCCUUUGGAGGAACCCUCCUUUCCCUCUCCUCCUCCUCCUCCCCCUACCCCCCCCCCCCAUCAUCAUCAUCAUAACAACCAUCUCUGCACUAGAAGACAUCCUGACCCAGGACCUUCAACGUUAGGACCUGGGAAAGAGGAAAAGGGGAAGGAGUAAAGAGGCAAGAAGACUAGGAGAACACCGCAAGGCAAAGCACCAGAAACUUUCCACCCUGGAUUCUCUACUUUUGCUCCAUGGACAGAGCCUCAGCCAGCCAAGUUACAGACAGACCGUGAGCAGUCCCUGCGCGUUUUAUUGCGACCUGCCGGUGGGAACUUUGUCUCCGAGUCGGAGCAGCAUGGAGCGGCGGAGCGAGAGCCCGUGUCUGCGGGACAGCCCCGACCGGCGGAGCGGCAGCCCCGACGUCAAGGGGCCUCCCCCGGUGAAGGUGGCCCGGCUGGAGCAGAACGGCAGCCCCAUGGGAGCCCGCGGGAGGCCCAACGGCGCCGUGGCCAAGGCCGUGGGAGGUUUGAUGAUUCCUGUCUUUUGUGUGGUGGAGCAGUUGGAUGGCUCUCUUGAAUAUGACAACAGAGAAGAACACGCGGAGUUCGUCCUGGUUCGAAAAGAUGUGCUUUUUAGCCAGCUGGUGGAGACCGCGCUCCUGGCCCUGGGGUACUCCCACAGCUCUGCAGCUCAGGCACAAGGAAUCAUCAAGCUGGGCAGGUGGAACCCUCUCCCCCUCAGCUAUGUGACAGACGCGCCCGACGCCACCGUGGCCGACAUGCUGCAGGACGUCUACCAUGUUGUGACACUGAAAAUCCAGUUACAAAGUUGUUCGAAGCUGGAAGACUUGCCUGCGGAGCAGUGGAACCACGCCACAGUCCGCAAUGCCUUAAAGGAACUGCUCAAAGAGAUGAACCAGAGCACAUUAGCCAAAGAAUGCCCUCUCUCCCAGAGUAUGAUUUCAUCCAUUGUAAAUAGCACAUAUUAUGCCAACGUGUCAGCAACCAAGUGCCAGGAGUUUGGGAGAUGGUAUAAGAAGUACAAGAAGAUUAAAGUUGAAAGAGUGGAACGAGAAAACCUUUCAGACUAUUGUGUUCUGGGCCAGCGUCCAAUGCAUUUACCAAAUAUGAACCAGCUGGCAUCCUUGGGGAAAACCAACGAACAGUCUCCUCAUAGCCAAAUCCACCACAGUACUCCAAUCCGAAACCAAGUGCCCGCAUUACAGCCCAUCAUGAGCCCUGGCCUUCUUUCUCCCCAGCUCAGUCCACAACUUGUUAGGCAACAAAUAGCCAUGGCCCAUCUGAUAAACCAACAGAUUGCUGUUAGCCGGCUCCUGGCUCACCAGCAUCCUCAAGCCAUCAACCAGCAGUUCCUGAACCAUCCGCCCAUUCCCAGAGCAGUUAAGCCAGAGCCAACCAACUCUUCCGUAGAAGUGUCUCCAGAUAUCUACCAGCAAGUCAGAGAUGAGCUGAAGAGGGCAAGUGUGUCCCAAGCUGUCUUUGCAAGAGUGGCAUUCAACCGCACACAGGGAUUGUUGUCUGAGAUUUUGCGUAAGGAAGAAGACCCUCGGACAGCCUCUCAGUCUCUCUUAGUAAACUUGAGGGCCAUGCAGAAUUUCCUCAAUCUGCCGGAAGUGGAGCGGGAUCGCAUAUACCAGGACGAGAGAGAGCGGAGCAUGAACCCCAAUGUGAGCAUGGUCUCGUCAGCCUCUAGCAGUCCCAGCUCCUCCCGAACCCCUCAGGCCAAAACCUCGACACCGACAACAGACCUCCCCAUUAAGGUGGACGGCGCCAACGUCAACAUCACAGCCGCCAUUUAUGACGAGAUCCAACAGGAGAUGAAAAGGGCCAAGGUGUCUCAAGCCCUGUUUGCCAAAGUGGCCGCAAAUAAAAGUCAGGGCUGGUUGUGUGAACUGCUCCGCUGGAAGGAGAACCCCAGCCCAGAGAACCGCACGCUCUGGGAGAACCUCUGUACCAUCCGCCGCUUCCUGAACCUUCCCCAGCACGAGAGGGAUGUGAUCUAUGAGGAAGAGUCGAGACAUCACCACAGUGAGCGCAUGCAGCACGUGGUCCAGCUCCCCCCUGAGCCAGUGCAGGUCCUGCACCGACAGCAGUCUCAGCCGGCCAAGGAGAGCUCCCCGCCCAGAGAAGAAGCUCCUCCCCCACCUCCUCCCACGGAAGACAGUUGUGCCAAAAAGCCCCGUUCUCGCACAAAGAUCUCCUUGGAAGCCCUGGGGAUCCUCCAAAGCUUUAUCCAUGAUGUGGGCCUGUACCCUGAUCAGGAAGCCAUCCACACGCUUUCUGCACAGCUGGAUCUCCCCAAGCACACCAUCAUCAAGUUCUUCCAGAACCAGCGGUAUCACGUGAAGCAUCACGGGAAGCUCAAGGAGCACCUGGGCUCCGCGGUGGACGUGGCCGAGUAUAAGGACGAGGAGCUGCUGACGGAGUCCGAGGAGAACGACAGCGAGGAAGGCUCAGAGGAGAUGUACAAAGUGGAGGCCGAGGAGGAAAAUGCGGAAAAGAGCAAGGCCGCGCCUGCUGAAAUUGACCAGAGAUAAUGUGAACUCCUACCAGGCCAAGCAAUACGUCGGUCCAAGGAUUUUCUGUUUUAAUUUCUUUAAAAACAUUUUCUUCCUUUUUUUUUUUUUUCUUUCUUUCUUUCUUUCUUUCUUUUUUUUUUUUUUUUGCUUUAUUUUAUCUUAUUUUUGUCUUUUUUUUUUUUUUUUGGUCUGUUUUGUUUUUCUUACCUUUUUUGACAUUUCUUUUGUUGCACAGGAUACACCUAUAGACUGAAUAAGUUCAGUAUUUCCAAAUCAGACAUCGCCUUGGCAAAGACACUCAAGUGUUACACUUUUACAAUUGACUGGAUCAUAAUAAUUAUAAUCACAGGAGACUCUGCCUUCAUUAUCCUUGCACUUAGGGAAGAGACAUCAGGCAAGUUCCAGGAUGAAAAGAUCUACGAAAUAAAUGAAGGAAGCUACAAGUGUGUGUGUAUAUGUAUAUGUAUAUAUCUAUAUAUUUACAUAUAUAUAUUAAAUUGCAUGGGACAGAGAACUUUACAAUCCGAAAGAAUAGACUGUGAAAUGAGUUCUUAAAGAAGAGACUUGUUUAUGUAUUAAAAAAAAAAAAAAAAAAAAAAAAAAAAAA